CAGAGGUACCAGAGCAGAAACGCAAACAUGAGGAUGCACACACUUUUGUCCGUAACUCUGCUGGGCCUGCUGCUGUGGGCCUCCUGCAUCCGGGCUGACGACACAGACGCCAAACAGACAGAAUCACAAGAAGACGCAUCGGAGGAGACGACAGAAGAGAAUUCAGGAGAGGAGGAGGACACCAAAGAGCCACCAAAGAAAGAGAAAACAACAGAGAUAGAGGAGGAGAAAGAUGUGAUGGUUCUCCACAUCAACAACUUUGCCAGAGCACUCAGCGAGAAUCAGUAUCUACUGGUGGAAUUCUAUGCUCCCUGGUGUGGCCACUGCCAACAGCUUGAGCCUCUUUACGCAGAGGCUGCUGGGAAGCUGAAGGAGGAAGAAGCAGCAGCGGUGCGUUUGGCCAAAGUGGACGCCACAGUAGAGACGGAGCUGGCCGAAGAGUUUGACAUCGGAGGCUUCCCAACUCUGAAACUGUUUGUAAACGGAGACCGCAAGCAGCCUGUCGACUACACUGGUAAGAGGACAACAAAUGGAAUAAUCCAGUGGAUGAAGCGCCAUGCAGGCCCCGGUGCUCCAGUGCUCGACUCUGCAGACUCUGCAGCUCAGUUCAUCGAUUCCCAUAAUAUCACUGUUGUAGGAUUUUUUGAUAAUCUGGAAAGUGAGGAGGCCAAGGUGUUCAAGGAGCUUGCUUUGGAGAUUACUGAAACAGAGUUUGCUGUGUCAGCGAGUCUGGAGGUUUUCCAGAAGUAUGAAGUAAAAGCCAACUCAGUGGUGCUCUUCAAAAAGUUUGAUGACGGCAGAGCAGACUUUUCAUUGUCAGAAGAAGGGAAGCUGGACAAAACAAAUCUGACCACCUUCAUCAAGGUCAACAGCCUGGAGCUGAUCAUCCCAUUCAGCAAGGAGAGUGCAGAUAAGAUCUUCACCUCCAGCAUCCUCCUGCACAGCCUGCUGAUCAUCAACUCCUCUGUGGAGAGUCAGAAAGCCAUAUUGGACGACUGCAGGACCAUUGCCAAAGAGUUCAAGGGCAAGAUGCUGUUUGUUGUGAUUGAUGUGACAGAAGCCCUGUCUAAUGUGCUGAAUUAUUUCGGCGUGUCCGAGAACGACGCCCCCACUGCACGCUUGAUCAACAUGGACACAGGAAAGAAGUUCCGCAUUGGUGCCGGGGAUCUUACCCCAAAUUCACUGAGACAGUUGUGCCAAGACGUUGUGGACGGCACUGCCGAGCCCUACUAUCGGUCUGAGGAGAUCCCUGAGGACUGGAACAAAGGACCAGUCAAAGUCCUGGUGGGGAAGAAUUUUGAGUCUGUUGCUCUGGACCCGACCAAAAACGUCUUUGUGGAGUUCUAUGCUCCAUGGUGCGGACACUGUAAGGAACUGACUCCCAUCUGGGAACAGCUGGGCGAAAAGUAUGCUGACAAAGAUGACAUCAUCAUAGCCAAAAUGGACUCCACAGCCAACGAGGUGGAGUCUAUUGCCAUCCAGGGAUUCCCAACGCUCAAAUACUUCCCAGCUGGUGGCAAAGAGGUGGUCGACUACACUGGAAAUAGGGAUCUGGAGACCCUGUCUAAGUUCCUGGAUAAUGGAGGAGUGUUGCCUGAGGGAGGAAGUGAUGAGGAGGAAGAUGAGGAUGAUGAGGAAGGUGACGGUGUUGUUGAUGAGGUCGCCGAUGAGUCUGCAGAGGUACCGACCAAUGGAACAUCUAAAGAUGAGCUGUGAUGUCACUUUGGUUUUUUCAGCCAAUCAACUUAGAACCUUCCAAUUAUUCUUAAUACAAUUAAUUUGGGUUACAAUGGGUCUUAAACACUGCUUAGGUUUGUCUUAAUACUUGAU